AAAGAUUCAAUAACAACAAAACGUGCAAAGCUUCAUAUUGCUAAGAGAAUAAAGAGUUCAAUAGGUGAUCUAGUAAAUGAAAUGCAUGAUAAUGUUAAUCAUAACUUUUAGAACAAAGUCUUUGUAUGUAUGCAGAGUGUAUUAUUAAGCCUAUUUAAACAAAGGAGGAAGUUGUAAUGAUUAAACUCUUUGUUCGGCACAUUUUCCUUGAUAUUACCAUGGCAACAAAGCUGUUGGAUCCUUGAUUUGUCAAAGGUGUCAUUGAUUUGUUUUGAACGUUGGAGUUUUUGUAAUUUUUGGAUAUUUUUCUGGUGAUUUUUGUACAUAGUUGAGCCAGGAUGUCUAUGAAACUGCAGAUAGCGAACGACCAAGAUCGGAAGGAAGCUCAGAACAGGGAGAGGAGGAGACAAUGUGAGCUGGAGAGAAGAAACAGGAUAUUCAAUGCCAGGAAUCGGAAAAUUGGUGUGGACCUCCCGUUCCUGGAGCGCCAGAUCGAGGAGAAGCGAGCUGAGAGAGAGGAGCAGGAGCGCCGAGACCUCGCCUUCGCCCAGCAGAUGAUCAAGGACAGCAACUUGGCGGUGGUGCUGGAGGCUCGGGAGAUGGAGGAGCGUCGCCGCAUAGGCCUCGAGAUAGACGAGUACCGGGUGCGCUAUCAGCGCCCCGAAGACCGGCGAGAGUUCGACCUGAACGACCCUGACGCGCUGAAGAAACAACUGCCUCCGAGGGCCGGUGAUGACAUGCCCGUCGGACUGUCUAGUGCUCAGAAAUUCGAAGGCGAAGACCUGAACUACGAGGAGCGUCGCAAGCUGAUGGCCGAGCAGAGGAACUCCUGGCUGCAGCAGCAGAUGCGGGAGCGGAGGGCCGCCGAGGAUGAGCGGAGGAAGGCCGAGGACGCUUACAUGAUGGCAAUAAAGGCGCGGGACGCGCGCGCGGGCGAGCUGGACCGACUGGAGCGCGAGUGCCGGCUACGCCUCGGGCAUGCCAACUUGAGAUACAACGAGGCUUUGGCAGCCGAGAAGAAGCAGCUAGAGGACAUAAUAAAGGAGCAGGAAGAAGCAGACAAUACUGCAGAGAUGUACAACCACCUCACCUCGGACAUGCUGACUGAGAACCCGGACGUGGCCAAGAGCGCUUUGGGGACCAAUAGAGCCAUAGGCUACAUGUACAAAGGCAUGAAUCAAGAGCAACUAAAGAAGUUCCAUGAGGCACAGAAGGAACAAAUGAUCGCCGCCAAGGCCAAACGCGACGAAGAAGCUAAAACAGAAGCCGAGUGGCAGGCGCUGUCCAAUUCUAUACAGCGAGAAGUGGCUUCGCUGGACCUUGAAGAUAAGAGGAAACGCAGAGAGCUGGCCCGCCAACUGAUGGAAGAGAACCAGCUGCUAGCUCUGCAGCAGAAGGAGAAGGAGAAGUAUAUGAGAGAGGUCGUCAACAACAACGCGCCCACUGAAGAGUAUUACGCGCAGUUUAAUACCACUACUAGAUAAGAGAGAGAUGUGUGGCAUUUGUUCCUAGGUACACUAGAAAUGUAUGUAUCUCUUGACUCUCUACCUAUAUAGAGUUUAAAUUAAGACAAGACUCUCUAUCUGGGGUCUCUUGAACUAUGCGCCAGUGCGUUUUUCUAGUGUACCUAAAGUGUAAAAAAUUACCACAGUACUACAUGCCUACGUGUCUGUUUUGUUUGGCUUGGCUUGAACGAAAAAUUUAAUGCGACACAUAACUACAACAGCGGUAUAAUUUAGCUUUUUGAAAUGAAUAGCUUGCUUUAUAUGAGAAAAUUAUAAUUUGGUUCAAUAGUAAAAUUCAUAAUUAAGUAUUUAUUUAUGACCUGAUCAAUAUGUAAUCAAGUAAAAAUAAACUUACCCCGAUAUUUUA